AUGGUAGACGAUGGAUACGAUAUGUUUGGAAGUGAUGAUGAAAAGGACGACGAUGUCGUGGAAGACGAAGGAGGAGCUGACGGAGAUGAUAUGCGCGAGAAGGAAGCCAUGGCAUUAUAUCUAUCGACCUUUUUCCUGAAGAGAAAUCCACAAGUCAAGCCAAAGGAUCGAAUCGUGGGCGUUUUCAAUCCAGGUGAAGGGUCCGUCUCUGCUUUGGAACAAAGAGGAUUUUCACUCGUUUCCCUGAGUGGCAUUCUGCCGCUUCAUCUCGAUGCAGCUGUACUGCUGGGACAGUCUCGCCCUGAUGGAUCAAUUCUGAACAACUUGCUUCCCGGUGGGAUAUUGGUAUCAGAAGAAAGCAACUGCCCGGCUAUUGUCAAUGACAAAGAGUAUCUAACACCGACAGCCAUCGAACAGUCGAAGUACGUCAGCCGUAUAAAGCGAUCUGUUAAAGCCCACACUUCCACUUGCCCCUGGCUCCCGUCUUCCUUUUCGCACAACAUUGAGCGGGAGCAUCUUGAGCAAGGCACGGUGGCAUUAUCAGCUAGUGAAGUUGGAUUAUCCCAAAUGGCGGAAUCCUCCAAAAGGAAAGCCGUAGAGAGUAUGCAAGAGCAUGGCUAUGUGGUGAUUCGAAACUUGCUGCGCCCAGAGGAAUGUCAGAAAUGGGGAACGGCUGUCUUGGAAUCAGUGCACAUGGCAGCCGACAAGUUACUCAAAAAGGAAAAUGUUAACAUAUUGGAGCCGCAAAAUUCGGAAAAUGAACCGCAGUCCUAUCGGGAGAUGUCCAUGCGAGAAGAUCUUCGCCUUGAUCUUCGAGACGGUCCCGCACUAGCAAAGCUUCGAAACGAUACCGGAGAUACUGGGCAACCAGUGGUCGUUUCGGGAAAGACUGAAACAGAAAACUUUCAUCGUUUUUUGCGUGGCCAUUCCUGCCUAUUAGAUGUAAUAAGAAGAACAAUGAAUCCAAAAAAAGGUGAAUUGUACAAGGGAAACCUUGGAAGGUACAAUUUUGAAGGAUCGGGACCCGAUGGUUCAUUCCAGGACAUUCGAGUAUCUCAGGUUGGUGGUAUUGUUAGCUUUCCAGGCGCUGCCGACCAGUCCAUUCAUGCCGAUUGCAGUCACUUGUUUGAGAUUUUCGAUUGCCAUCCAGCUCAUUACAUCAACAUAUUUGCACCGGGUGUUCCCUUCCACGAGAAAGCCGGAGGGACGGCUUUUUUCCACGGGUCACACAAUUUGAAAUUUACUGCAAAGCAUUGUGGAUCUACCGACGACUACAGCAACGUCUUUCCCUAUUUGGUCCGACCAUCACUCUCCUUGGGAGAUGUUGUCCUAUUUGAUUGCAGGAUUUUACACUUUGGUUUGUCCAAUACGUCCGACUCAGUAGAGCGAGCUCUACUGUAUUGCAAUACUACUCAAGCGUGGUUCACAGAUCCAAAGAACUGGGAAGAUCAGAGGCCUAUAUUCGAGGAGUCAUAG